AUGCGCUCCGUGACGAGGCCGCUGCUGCUCCUCGCCGCGGCAGCUCUCUGCUCUGCCAAGCCGCUCCCCAAAGAUGGUCUUCAUGAUCGCGGUUACUCAUAUCUCUUGCAACGAGCAUGCGACUCACCCUGUGGCUCCGAUAAUCAAUACUGUUGCAGCUCUGGCGAGACCUGCCAAACCUCAAAUGGAGUCGCAAGCUGUGUCGCUGCAAAGGGAGGCUGGAUCGGCGAUUAUACCACUACCUGGACGGAGACCAGAACUUAUACCAGCACAAUCAUGACCCGCUGGGAGCCUGCUCCGGAGCCCACAAAGGGCGUUGACUGUGUGCCCAAGGACGAUGAGCAAGAAGCAUGCGGUGAAAUCUGCUGCGCUGGCUGGCAGACUUGUGCGUACAUGGGCCAAUGCUCUGCGAAGCCUGGCUACGAGGAACCUACCGCUGUUGUGAUUACCACUGAUGGAAAGAUCACCACCCAAUACUCGGCUCCUUAUCGAGUCACUGGUACCACCACCAUCACCAACAGUGGUGCGCCCACCGAAUCCGUGACUGCAACUGAGACUGAAUCCGAGGCGUCUGCAACGGCCACCGAGACUAGCGAGGGGGCCGCAGCUGGCGAGACCGGAACCGGUGGUGGAGGCCUGAGUGCCGGUGCCAUUGCUGGUAUCGUCAUCGGCGUCAUCGCUGGUGUUGCGCUUCUCCUUCUUCUGUGCUUCUGUUGUAUUGCCCGUGGUCUCUGGGUUGCCCUCUUCGGUAAGAAGGACAAAGAGAAGAGCGAGCGUGUCGAUGUCUACGAGGAGCGAUACUCCCGCCACGGCAGCCGACCACCUCCUUCGGCCUCGGCCCACUCCCGUCGUCCUCGACACAAGGGCUGGUUCGGCAUGGGUCGCCGUGGUUCCCCGUCUUCGGCCGGCGAUCGUCGUGAGAAGAAGUCGGAUGGCAAGAAGUGGCUCGGUAUUGCUGGUCUCGCGGCAACGCUCCUUGCUCUCCUCAAUCUCAAGAAGGAUAAGCGACCUGCGAGCACCAAGCCCGCGCGCUCAUCUCGAGGAUCAUCACGAUCGCGGUAUAGCGACUCUUAUUACUCAUACAGUGACUACACCAGUCCCAGUAAGUCUCGCUGA